AUGAAGUUUGUCAUUGUUUUUCUGUUGGCUGUCGCGGUGGCAGCAGAGCAGAAGCGUGAGGCAGAUCCCCAUUAUGGCUACGUUAAUCCUUACUAUCUCCAUCACGGACAUCAUCAUGUGGGAAUAGGUCAUCACCCAGGCCACGCUACCUCAUAUGUGCACUCCCAUAUUGGCAAGAGGGAAGCUGAGGCCGAUCCUCACGGUGGAUACGGCAAUCGUUACCUCUACCAUGGACUUCAUUAUCCCGUUGGAAUAGCCUAUCACCCUGGCCAAGCGACUUCACAUGUGCACUCCCACAUUGGCAAGAGGGAGGCUGAGGCCGAUCCUCACGGUGGAUACGGCACUCGUUACCUCUACCACGGACUUCAUUAUCCAGUUGGAGUAGCUUAUCACCCUGGCCACGCGACCUCAUACGUGCACUCCCACGUCGGCAAGAGGGAGGCUGAGGCCGAGCCAAAUCCUCACGUUGGAUACGCCCUUCCUUACGGCUACCUUGGUUAUGGGGGAUAUGGUUACCCCCUUUCCUACGGUUACCGUGGAUACUAUCCUUAUCGACAUGGCAUUCUUGGUUGA